UGAUGUCUAGACCAACUAUUGGAACUUGAUUUUGUAACCAUUUUCCCAGUCAUAGAUUUCUGAUUGGGCAGUAGUGCAAUAACCUACUAAAGAAACAAUGGUUUUGCAGAUUGGAUCAGUAUGCUAUAGCAAAAUUUGCCGAAAGCUUUGAGAUGGUGCCUAAAACGCUAGCUGAAAAUGCUGGGCUUAAUGCAAUGGAGAUCAUAUCUUCUCUAUAUGCUGAACAUGCAUCAGGAAAUACCAAAGUUGGCCUCGACUUGGAGGAAGGCCGUUGCAAAGAAAUGUCAACUCUUAAUAUUUGGGACCUCCACAUAACUAAGUUCUUUGCUCUCAAGUAUGCUGCAGAUGCUGCCUGCAUUGUUCUACGGGUAGAUCAGAUUAUAAUGGGAAAACCAGCAGGUGGCCCUAGUAAGAGAGAUCAGCCUGCAGGGAUGGAUGAAGACUAAUUUUGUGUGUAUGACAAUUGACUAUCUUUGCUUGUAUUGCUCUAUGUUAGGGAUCUUUUGAUCCAUUUUAGUAACAAUUUUGUUUAGGAGAAAAAGAAACAUAUUGCAGUUCAUGCUUUGUAAAUGCCACUCUUCUGUUACUAUGGACACGCGGUAUGCCCUUGUUGGGUAGGUUUGGAUUGAAACGAUGAUCGGGUGCUUGAGCCAUGUUUAUUGAGAAGCUUGAAUGUAUUUUCUUUUCUGUUGUA